AUGUAUCACCACCAUUCCCAACAACAGGGGUCGCAGGCCUUCUCAAAUGGGCCCAGGCCUCCCCAUCAUCAGCCACCUCCAAAUCAACAUCAGAACCGCAAUUCUUCUGAUAUGUUGUCGCAAGCGAUGGGUUUCCAGUUUCCUCGUCCCACCCAACUCCCUGAUGAGCUAGAGUCUGCUCUGGCCAUUCGUGGCAGUAGGGACAUGGACCACAGGCUCAUAGACCACAUGAGUCGGCCAAACCAACACCAGAGCCAAGGCUCAGCUCCUGGGAUCAGUCAACAUGGAAGCUUUGGCUCCAACCCUAUGACACUCACCUCUGUGAAUCAUCCUGCACAUCAGCAAGGAGUGGACUGGUCAAGCUACCAACCUCCAACUAAGCUUUUUUCAAGUCCUCCACCAAGUGCUAGUCACCAGCCCCCACGGCACCCGGGUCCUCAACAGCAGCCCCAGAGCAGCCAUCCUGGACCCCGCAUCCAAAGUUGGAAAACAAAUACAAGUGACUGUCAGUCUCCUCAAGCCCGGCAUCCACUGGGAAGUGGAGAGAGUCAGAGCAUGUACACACCAGAAAGUGCAGGAAGCAUCUUGGCUAGCUUUGGACUUUCAAAUGAGGACUUGGAAGUGCUUAGUCACUACCCUGAUGAUCAGUUGACCCCUGAUACUUUACCUUUCAUACUCCGUGAUAUCCAAAUCAACAAAUCAGGGUCCCAGAAUACUGUUACUUCUGCUGCGUCAUCCUCGUUCACAAGUGGAAUCCAAGAAAUGCCGCGGCCUCAUUCUCGAUCACGCUCCCCAGAGGUGCCCAGCCUUCUCACUGUCACACAGACUGCUGGUAAAGUCAUUGAUUAUGGUCAUGCGAGUCGGGCAAAAGAGGAAACUACUACCAGAAAGACUUUCAAAAGAGAACCGCUUUCCACUGAAAGGACUGUUAAAAUGUACCAAACUUCAGUGCAAUCCUCAUCGCCUCCAAAAUCGGUGAAAGCUGAAAGGCGGCAAGUUCGUUUGGAACACACUGAACCAAGCAAGCACGGUGAUCAGGACUACCGUGGGGCAAGUGACAACCAGCGCAAGAGCAAUAGGUCUCCUGGGAAAGAAUUUCAACGAUUGUCAAAACCUCGUAAUCUAGACCGGGACUACAGACGAGAAGCACCAAAACCCAGGCCCUCAUCUGAAACCAGGAGUGAAGCUUCUUUGAGGCGAUCUCUCUCUUCUUCGUCAGGCUCAAAACUACACAGCAGCAGCAAGAAGUUACCAACCCCCACCAUGAUAAGUGAUUUCUCAGCUGUCUCUCCAAAGGUGUAUCCCCACACCUGCUCACUGUGCCAUACACAGUGCGAUCAGGAAAAGGUGAGUGCCAACACGCCUUUGUACCAAUGUCCAAAAGAAAUACCUGACAAAUAGAAAUUAACACUGAAGCUUUUCUUCACCAGACAGAGCCAAGACAACUUGUUGUACAACCCCAGUUCCCAAACAGUUAGGCUACUCUGUGUAAUACCGGUAAAAAUAGAAUUUUAAGUUCUUGAAUUAUUUAAGCUCUAUUUAUUUGACAGUAGUGCAAAGACAACAUAUCAAUGCCCAUUCAAAAUUUUAUGUCAGCAGCAUGUUUCAGAAAAGUUGAGACAGAACCAUGUUUUGAGUCACCCCUUCUUUUGACAUUUCUAAACCAUUUGGGAGCCAAGGAGAUGUUUCUGGAGUUUUUCAUUUUUAUAAUGUGUCAGAUGUUUUCAAUGGAUACAAGUCAAGACUGCAUCAGGCUAGUUUAUCAGCACUCUUCUCCCACAGAGCCAUGCUAUUUUAAUCCCUGUUGUCAGGAAAUGGUUUGUCAUUGACUUCCCUGAAAAAGUCUUUGUCUGGAUGGCAGCAGAUGUUGCUCCUAAACCUGUAGAUAUUGUUCAGCAUUAAUGGAGCCUUCACAGAUGUGGAAGCUACCCAUGACAUGGAUUCUGAUGAUCCCCAGACAAUCAGAGAUGCUAGCUUUGGUCUGGGAACUAAGAACAAACUGGCUGGACCCAAUUAAUCUCCUCAAUCCACAGGACAGUCUUCCUCUUCUCCUCAGUCCACCUUAAAUGGUCUCAGGUUCAGGGAAGUCUCUGGUGUUCCCAGAUCCUGUUUCUAUCUGGUUUCCUCUUUGCAUGGUUCAGUUUUAACUUAAUCUGUGGCUGCUGUGAUGAACUGUGUUCAUGGAAAAUAUUUUUUAGGCUAUGACUUUGAGCAUAUGCACUGAUUUCCACUCCAGAGUCCUGUCUGUUUUUUUAUGCAGUGCUCCUUAAGGGCCUGAAGAUCAGGACCAUCCAGCCUUGGUUUUGGUACCUGUCCCUUUAGUACAGAGUUUUCUUCAGAUCCUCUGAACCUUUGAAUGAUAUUAUGAACUGUAGAUGAUGAAAUCCACUCAUUCUUUCACAUUUGACAUUCAGGAAUAUUAUUCUGAAAAAGUUUAACUAUUAGCUCACACAGUCUGUCACAGACUGGUGAACCUCUUCCCAUCUUUCCUCCUGCGAGAUUUAGCCUCUCUGAAUGUCCUUUUUAUAUGCAGUCAUGUUACUAACCUGUUGGAAAGUAAUUUAAUAUUAGUUGGAGAAUUUCCUCCAGUUUUUUCCCAUUUGCAUGUUCGUUUUGAGGCCAUUAGAUUUAAAAUUUAGCAUUUAUCUUUCUAAAACAACAACAUUGUUAGGUUUUAACUUUUGAUAAGUUUACUUUGCAUUGCUUUCAGUGAGGUUCAUGAUUUCAAUGAUUUGCCAAACCUUAAAAAUUGUUUUUUAAUUACAUAGUGUCCCAACUGAAACGGAAUAAGGGUUGUAAGAGUAUUCUCACCUUAGUUGCAUGGUGAGCUGGAAUUAACCAACAUGAAAAAAUGAUGUGCAUAGGGGACUGUCUGGUGAAGAUUUAGAGGCCAUGUGUUUUAACAUUGGUCUUCUUACAAAGGCUGAAAGAGCCCCACUUCCCCUUCUUAGUUUGUAGCAGCCAGCUCAGCUUCAAAGUGAGCCUAGAGGACUGCUGUGAUCUAACUGGACAGUUUCCAACCAAACAAUUUAUACUGUAACCAAAAAAAAAACAGCAAGUUGAGUAAAAAAAGCUGAGGUCAGGGCUACAUUUUCCAGUGGUGGCCUGUCUGAAGAUCAGGCUUCUACCUUUGGUUGCUGAACUGGAAAAUACUGCCAUGUUCACUCACCUUUACUCCUGGAAAUACCCGAGUGGUAAUUCACCAGCUCAACUAUUAAAAAAAAAAAAAGAGUGCUGACAGAAAAAAAUGUUCAAGUAUGUUCAUGAUUACCAAACAAAUUCUUUUUGUUUCAUUUGAUAUGAAGAAACUGUCAAAAAUGUAUCUAACUUUGACUGUCAGGUCAAACAUUAGUAGUUAGUUAUAUCUAAAGACAUCUGGGUUCUGGACCCUGCUAAACACUUAUUUGGUUCUGUCUUUUUUGCUCACUGACACUGGAUGGUUUGUUUCCUGGGUAAUUACUGCCCCCAUGUAUAUUGCUAAGUGAAGUUGUAUUUUGAAUUGCAAAUGCACAUUUGAUAAUGGCAACGAUGUCUACCAGAUAUAUGGGACAUCAGUAUUUAUUAUAUUAAAUACUUUGCAAACUCACCUGGAGGUAUUUCAAAUGAAACAUCACCUACUUUUCCAAGUUUUGAAGUGAUUAUAGUCAGGUCAAUUAAGAACACCAGUGACUUUGUCUCUGGCUUUGAAGUGCAUGUUCUGAAAUAGGUAUGUGAUAAACUAUUUACUGGAAUAAGAUGUAUCAAAAUGGUUUGUAUUCUGCUUUAGUGUCACAACAGUGAUGUCAUGAAUGUGUUGACCCUACAUUACAAAGAGGACAUGGCCAGUGAAUGUAUAUUUUUAAGCUUGGCCUGAAAUUCAGCUCAGAAUUCUGACUGAAAUCACAAAUAUCUCAGAGAAGUUGUUUGUCUUUUCUUCAAUAACAGGUCAGAUCUGAUGAAAACAGAAAAUGACAGAAACUGCCUUAUGUCAUGUCACAGAUUUUUUUUUUCCCAAUACCUUAAUAGUCUGCUAGAUAGGACUCUAACCAUUAUCCCAGCGAAGUUUGAAAACUCAGAUUUUUCUUGAGUUUUCAGUUCUUUCAGAGAUUAUGAUAAUUCCCUAAUCUUAUUUUGCAAGGGGAUUUAAAUAAAGACUAGCCAGCUUGUUAAGGAUAAGACAAUCUUCAGUUAAAAUUGAGCUCAGUUUAUUAACAGCUGAACACAAGAUUAUAGUUGGCAGGUAAACUGUGUAAAAUUUGUUUGCUAUACUUAACUACCACCAGCUGAGCCAGCACCAUCAGGUUUUGUCUUCCCUCCACAGCCCUGUGCUUGUUUAGAGUUUCUUCUGGUUGACACUAUCUGUGUUUCCUUAGUCAAAUACCAGCACAAUGCCAGCUGUACUUAUUUCCACCAUAGACUGCAUAUAGAAUGGACGUCAUCUACCGCUUUGCUGAGUGAAGACUCUGCAAGAACAUCACCUUCUGGUGACUGGUUGCAGUAAAGGUCAUAAACCCUACCUUCUCCAGCAAACUUAUGGAGUUGUGGACAAAAUUUGAAAAUUAAAUAGAAGUCAUACAUUUUUCUUACCUCUGGUUGUUAUUUUGUCAUGUAGUUAUUGUAAGAUUGGCUUGUGCUCAAGUCGUUAUUAGGGGUUAUAAAAACAGGAUAUGAUGUCAUAUUUUCUAUGAUUGACACCUGAAUUCAGUCUAUAGUAAAGACGAUUGCGUAGAUCAUCCUGGCGAUACGCUGUCUAAGCACAGCAUCAUCACAACAUUCUCCCGCUGAACGCCACCUUGCAAAUGCUGGCUUCAGAAAAUAGAGAAAAUGCACGGAUAUUCAAAUUUGUAGAAUGACCGGAGGCUGAGUCACGUUGUCCAUACUGUAAACAGUCUAUAUUUUCCACAUAGAUAGUAGAGCAUUAUUGCCCUGUGGCAUUAUGGCCACAGCCAUACCUUGAACCACAGCCUUUGUUAGUGGCAAGAAAUGACUGGAAUUUUGGGCCAACAAUAAAAAAAGAUAUUUAACAAAAACUAAUUUAACAUAAACGAUGUAUUCAACUAAAUCCUUUGACAAAUGUAUGACUCUCUGUCUUUUUUCCUAUUUUUAAAGACUAGAACUUGUUAGAAAGGUCAGGCCUCAUAAGUCAGGAGCUCUCAUCCUCUUACAAAAUUUUUUAAGUUUUCAAAAUAUGAAGUCCUUCAAAGAUUUGGUUAGCUUGAACAAAAGAAAUUAUUAGCAGCUAUUGCUUUUACAUUUCCCCAUUUUUUCUAGAAAAACACAUAUUUUCCAUGUGAAAUAUUACCGCCACAAACUUGUUGUUUGAAGGUUACGACUUAAGUCAUUGUGGUUUCUCUGAGUAAACUUGGUUACUGCCAGACUUUUAUUCUUCACUCUGAAUUUUACGUUCUUCUAUGUUAAAUUGAUAAUGAAGCUGACAGAGUUGUCUUAAAUGGCAUUUCCUUUAUUUUGCCAGUGGAACUUAUUAUUUACAACCACAAAACUUUAAAGGCUUUGUCUAUGUGUGUGUGAGUGUGUUUUGUCAUUGUUGUAUUACUCGUGAAGAUUGAUAGUCACUGUAAUACAAUGGUAAAUAGAGUGUAUAGAGUGUAAAUAUUGUACUUUUGGUCUCUUUGGGCUGUAACAGAAUUUAUAGAUGAACAAGGUAAAAAGUCUGCUGGUAAACAGCAUGUUGAAGGAUGGUAGCAAACAUUCACUGUAUCUCUGAUGGCCUGAAAGUUUUGAUCUUCAGACACAUGGAGUAUGAGUCUAGUCUUGUUUAGGAUUGUGUAUGUUUGAGUCUGAUCUUGUUGUCUUCUAUCAUUUAUUUUUCUUCAGGACUGGGUUGACCAUGUUAACACUGUCAACCACACUGCUGCCUGCAGAGACCUGCGCAACAAGUGAGGACAUUUUACUGCAUGACACCCUUUAUGUUACAGAUGUUUGCAGAAGUAAUAUGUCAUUUUGUUUUGGUCACACAUCCAUAGAGCUGAAGAUGGGAAAGAGCAGGGACAGAACAUUUGUACUAUGUACAGAGUUAGGCAGUGUUCAUGGAAAAACACUGUUCUUUCCUAUUUUGACUCACCAUUAGAGAUGCAUUAGUGUUGGUGGACUUACACAGCUCACCAUGAAACAGUUAACCUAGGGCGAGCUAUGACUGUUAACUUUAAAAAAGAUAUCCAAGCUAGCAUACCAGAGCUGUCUAAAAAUGGAAGCAUCUUGUUUUUUUUUUGAGUGAGUCUGGUACACCGGACUGAGCAUUUUGUGCGUGUGCGUGAUAGGGGUGCAACAGAUCAAAAAACUCAGGGUUCGGGUCGUUUCUCGGAUCAGAGUCACGGAUCUGAUCAUUUUUCAGAUAAGCAAAAAACAAACAAACAAACAAAAAACAAGACAAAUAAAAAUAGCUUUGUCUUUCGUUUAUCAGCUUGUUAGAUUAAAAUAUAGAAAAUCAACCCAAAGGGGGGGAUGUAAUGUGGGUCAAGCACUUUCGGCAUGUGUUUGAAGCCCUUGUUUUGCUGCAUGGCUGCAUGUCUGCAGCUAUAAACACACCAAUAGUUUUUGAGAUGGCUUCAGCCCGGUUGGAUUAUGCAGCAAGGGGCUGCUUAAUGCCGGGUUGAUAAGUGGUUGUUGAGCAACCUUCGUUUUCACUCCUAUCAGUGAAACACCGGGGUGAUGUUGCUUCAAAUGAUAGGCCAUGCUUGAUAUGUUUCCACUGUCAUAUGGCUUUCUUGUGCCACAGUGCCGACACACAGUCACGGUAUUAUCCACUAACCUCUUUCUUUCAUCAUUCUAUCUGGCAGGGAAGCCAAAAUGCUCCCAUACAGGGGAUUUAAAUGACGCGGGGCGUUCAAGCUCCUUCAUUCCUCUGCUUGCCAUAACCACGCUGCUCUUAACAAGUGUGUGGACUGAACAUGUGCACAACUUUUUCUUUUCAAAAAUCAAUCCACGAUGUGUGCCGAACCGAAGAUAUUGAUCCGCACAGAUCACGGAUCAAUGAUGAUCUGUUGCACCACUAGUGCUUAAUGCAGGUUUUAAAAGAACACUUGAUUGUUUUGGGUUAUUCUGAGAUUUUAAUGGAUGUUUAUGUUCGUCCCUGAAGGUACCCUGACUGGAAGCCAAAUCCACCAAGGUCAGUUGAACUGAAGGAGUCGCUCCUGUCAGUUGACAGGACCAACACAUUCAUAUACCUUAAGUGCACAAAUCAGCUCACUGAACAGAAUGUAUAUUUUACUUAUUGCACCAUGAAGGCUAUAGGACCUAAAGAAAACAAAUGGGAAGCACAUAAAAACAUGAACAAAAUGAAGGUUUUUAGUGACAGCACUUAAGCACCUGUAGCAUCUGUGUGCUGGUUGUGUUUGUUCAUUUUAAGUUUUCCUUGAUCCAGUAGGAGUGGACGACCUGGCAGCCGAGGAUCAUGGGAUUCCAAGGAUUGCUCUCCAUCCCAAUCUGCGUCCCGAUCUUUGUCAUGUUCUCCUUCUCUAAGCCCCCCCCACAGCAAACACAGGGUUGGCCCCCACCACCACAGGCCACAUGGGAGGCCAUACUCGCCCCAUCAUCACCCUCGCCACCAACACUAUGCAGGUAAAAACCAAACAACAUAGUCUCAGUGGUGUUACCUGUAGGUUUCUGGAGAGGCGCUGUGUCGCCUGGUAAUGGCAGUUCCCAUAAAAGGGAUGCUGACACAACCUUAUGGUCUGAUCUGGAUAAAUCCAGAAUUUACACCAGUGUUUGUCUUUGCUCUCUUGGGUCUGAUUGUGUGUCUUCAGGUAAUCCCUCUCGUGGUGGUCUGAAACGUCUACACGGUGACUCAGCAAGGCUCCCCUCUGACACCCGCCGGUAUCAGCCCUCCUCCAGGGCGGGUCACGGCUCAAGACAUGGGCCAUCGCAGUCCUCCACCAAGACAGUCAAGAGUGGGAUGAAGUCUGCAGUCAAGACAACCAAGACAUCAAGUGUAAAGGCUGCUGAUUCUGUGGGUGUAACUUCAAGCCUUGUUAAAUAAUGUGUUUGAUCAGAUGCUACAUUGAUUGGAUGUGGACUACAUUGUUUCAAAUCCUUUUUAAACUACCCGAACACUUCAUGUCUUCUGUCUCCAGUCUGUCAAACCUCCACCUCCAAAGAAGAAGAAAAAAGCUGUGACUCCGGCCUCCCAGGACACGACUGUUGCGAAUCGUCUGGUCUACCUGACAGGAAUCCCAAAAGAUGCAUCAGAGCAGGAAGUGACUGACUUGGUCGGGUCAUUUGGUAAAAUCAACAAUGUGAUCCUCAUGGCGUGCUCUGAGGAGGAGAAAGAGAAGGGCGAAGGACAGAAGGUGCUUUUGAAGUUUUAAAAAACUGCUUUUGUUGCAGUUUGCAGAAAAUGUUUGUCUUAUAGGUUUGAUGUUUGUAAGACAUCUUUGCGAAACAUGAUAGAACAAAUGCUGGUGGGUAUGACAGCUCUGUAAAUUGAAUUUGUGUGUCUAAACUUAUUUAACCAAAAAAGCCUCUUCAAAAUUGAAAAACUCUUUUACAAAGGUGUCCUGAUCAAGAUAAGCAGCAGCAUGUUUGAACUAAGUUAAAGACAUUGGACACUUCAUUUGAAACACGUGUGAACAUAUCCUGAAUCACAUAACAGUGAGCCCUCACUCAGAGUAUCUACAGUCUACUGCACCCUCUUCUAUGGCCUUCAGUCAGCUUUUAUAACAUCCAGAGAGAGCAGCUCUCUCCAAACCAAAUUAUUCUGAAGCAAAGUUCAGCUUUUAGGAGCAGUAUACCUAAAACUAGGGAUGUCCUGAUCAGCUGUUUGGGCCCCUGAUCCUUCUGCUGCUGCCUUUUACUCUGAUGCUGUAGAGAACUCUUCAUGUAGCUUGCAUAUUUACUUUUACAGAUUUGUUAUUAAAUUGGUUGUAUUGAACGCAGCUUUUCUGCUACUGCCUUGCUGGAUGAUUAUAUGGUAUAUGCUGGUGUCUUUUGGGCUGCUUUUACUCUCUAGUUUCUAAUAUUUCUCACUGUUGAUUUUUGCCAUGGGGUUGUUAAUGCACAGAUGCUUUGUCUUUUUAGCCAUCUGUCUCUGCAGAGUUAAUGUCGGCUGCCCCAAAGCUGUUUUUGUUGUAAUCUGCCUGGCUGCUGACACGUUAAUGUCUUAAAGUUCAAGCCUGGCUAGAGCUUCAAAUAUAUUAUCAAAUAAAAGAAGGCAAACCCAGAACUCUCAGUUAUGCUGAGCAUUUGCCUUUUGAACAAACUGCGCUCAGUGUGGCUGACAUUAAUGAUUGAGUGUGAUGAUCGGCUGAAUUUCCUGAUCGUUGAUCAAUAAAAAGGCCAAGAGCAGCUCUGACUUGAUUGAGACAUCCACAGACAUAAUAAAAGAUAGACCCCGCAUCGGCCGCUACCACGAAUGGGCGCUGUCGAGAAAUGCGGCCGCCAUCUUGGUCCGGUCAUCCGCCUCACUCUACACCGCUGUUUAACCGGCGGAAUGAAGUCUGAGCGCAUUAAAUGAAUCAUAGUUCGCUCAAUACUACGUAAUUUUCUUCUCUGCAAACGCCAUUCAAAGAGGCAUGAUAGAGGCCAUAUUUUUUUGGGCGUUUUCAAAUACUCAGAAUGAAUAAAAUGAUAUUUUAGAACAUGGCAGCAGUGGCUGUAUUAUAGUAUAACAAUUAAUCAAGGAUAGAUCUAGGUUUAGAGCUAGGUUCCUGCUAUGUCUCAAUAAUUAUUAAUAACUGGCGGUUUUAAUAGGCCAAUUCAAUAUAUAUUGAUUUGAUUAUAUUUUAUUUAGUUUAAUUUUAUUUAUCCAUUUGUAGACACACACAAAUAAUGUCAUAUAGAAGCACUAUUUUAAUAACUGGAAAAUACACACAAAGAAAUACACACAAAUAUAUCGCCUACAUAUAAAAAAAAAAUUAAACACAAGAACAGCAUGACAGGACAGCGUCUAAACUACAUAUCAAUUUGCUUGUUGGCUACACAGCACAGAGGAAUCACUUGCUGCGAAUUUCUCCCUCUAACAGCAAUCUCCCACUUCUUCCUCAAGUUUUUGUCCUUAGGAAAUCUUUAAAAUGAAACAGGAGAUCACCACAAAGAAAUCUUUAAUAAAACAGAGCUCACUUUCUUCCUUCUUCUUUCUAUUUUAUUUCUUAACGUUUCUUAGAACCUCUCUCAAACAAAAGUUUUUCAAUCUAAUGCAAAUCUGUUGAUAAUAGAACAAAGUUGCUAUUAUUGUGAAUAAGCUAGCUGUUCGCAAAUGCUGUUUCCUUUUUGGAGUUGACUGAUAGUCUUCCUCUUUGGCCUACAAAUGACUCUACAGUCAAGUGUAAUGUUGAAAAAACGUUUAAUCAUAACUGUGAGAAGUUAUUCCUUGAGCCCUGUUUUCUGCUGUCCGCCUGUUGGCACAGGAAUACGCCGCACAGUGCUCCGGCAUCGCUGAAUGAAUGAAUGAAUGAAUAUGAUUGACCGGAGCGUAUGGGAAGCUUGACCUGACCAAGAUGGCGGCCGCAUUUCUCGCUGCGCAGCACCCACAGCGGGGUCUAUCCUUUUAUUAUGUCUAUGGAGACAUCCCUCCCUCAUUUUACCCAUUUCUAGUCGCACAAAGAUAAACCUUGUGGCUGGAUCACAGAAAUAAAACUGCAGCUCCCACCAUUUUUCCAAAUAAUAAAAUGACUGAAAUAAGAGUGAAACAAGUUGAGAUCAGCUUAUAAAUCAGGUGAUACCAGUGAUUCAGUCUGUUAUUGUUAAUACUUGUUAUGAACCUCAGAGCUCCAUGUUAAAUGAUAUCUAGGCAGUGAAGGCAGUGAGAUGAUGCACACAUAUUAGGAAUGGGCAUUUUAAGAAAGUCCCUUGUUCGAUUAAUCAUAUAAAUUAACAAUCAAUCAUCAAUUCAAAAGAACUUGUUUUUUCUCAUUGAAAUACCCUCCCCCCCAACUGUUGUUCUGGGACAUUUCCAGGGAUAAUUUAAGCUGGGGACAGGUCAUCCAAAACAGGGACUGUCCCCUGAAAUAGGGGACAUCUGGUCACCCUACAGGUCUCCUUGCUAGCAAGGAGCUGAUGGUAGGUUGAGACUGAGAGGGCUCGUAGGAUUCAUUAACCCCAGUCAGAUGUAUUUGGUUCCAUUGGUACAUCAUUGGAGUUGCUGUUGUGUUGUUCUUGUACGCAGCAUCACAGUGUUUGCAGCAAACCUCAUCAUUUUUCUGCUCAAAAUGGUCUCACACCAAACUUCACUUUGCUUGCUACGGAAGCCCAUAGAUGCUGCUGAAUCACUCCCCUUGUAAAAUGUCAAAAUCCUUCCAUACGGUGAUAGUCACUGCAUUGCUUCAACAGACACACACACACACACUGAAUGGAUGAAGAUUGUAUUCCUCCUGAUCAGCAGAGGUUGAUCUUUGCUGGAAAUCAGCUGUCAGCCCUUUUUUAAUAAUGUCAGAUCGAUCAAAAUUUUGCGUGAUCUAUGUAAUUCUGAAUACAUAUACAAAAUAUCACCACAGUCAACCAAGGGCAAAACAGCAGCAGCAACAAGUCUGCAACAAGCAGCAAAAGAAAAAAACAUAAAAUAGUAGUCCAUUCACCACCUGAACUUCUUUACAGCUUAAUGCGUAUCAAGUUUCAGAGACAGCGACUCGUUAAUAUUUAAAAAUAAUUAAGAAUCCUGGGUUUUAAUCAGAAGAUAUAGACUGAGUCACAUCAGAUUAAGAAGUACAGCUGUUUGUCUUUGACCCCCUGAAAACAGUAACUGAAUGCUGUGAACAUUUCAGGGCUUUGUUUUACAAGUUGUCGCCAUGAUGUGUAUAUAUUUACUUCAUGUGUUUUUUUUUGUUCCAGGCAUCUGUGUGCAUGGUGAAGGCUGAGGAUGCUCAGGCUCUGGCCAACUCCACAAAUCUCUCCAUCAGAAAGCAGCCAAUCGCAGCCUCGACAGCUAAGGUAGAUGUGCAGAAAGCAUUCAUGCUGCACUGAUAAUAUGAUGCAGGUUGAAGUUUUUAACACAAAAAGGUGGGACUGUUGGUUGUUGGGGAAGAAGCUUACUCUUAAAAAAAAAAAAAACAAAUACCUGUUUUUUAGACCCUCACAACUUGAAACUAUAUUGAAUAUUUUCUCUUUUAGAAAACUGAAGAGCUGAAGUCCUCUGAUGAUGACAGCAGGUCUGUUUGCAGUAGUCAUCUGUAAUAGUUCAUGCUGCUUAUAAACCCACUCUGGCUGAACUAUUCAUGUUUCUGUCUUCACAGCAAAGCCACUCUGGAGGCAGAGAAAAGUGUUGCCGAGGAAGACACAGGUAGGAAAACCAAAACUAUCACUCUGUUUACAAAUGAAAGAUAAUAUAAUUGAUUUAUUGCAUAAUUUUUUGUCUGUUAGCUGUUUAAAAAUUGUAGCUUCAAAGCUGAUUUUGGUGUUUCCAAAUUGUUCUAAUUUGUCUGUCCAAAACCAAAAAAGCUCUCAUGAAUGAGAAAACAUGCAAAUAUAUACUUUAAAAAAGCUAUAAGUAAGACAUUUCCAACAAUCUGGAUGAAAAAUGAUGACAAAGUGGAUUACUUUUCACAGAUUUGACGCUUCGGAUUUAUUAUUUGUCUCUGUGAUUAAAAAGUAUUUUUGCCAGUCACUUGUCACAGUGAUGGUGUUUAUUUGAAAGGCUUUAAAAUGAUUUUUUUAAUUUUGUCUUUAGAUGAUUGUAGACUUUAUAACAUGAACAAUUACAGAAAUUUUACAACAGCCAAAAAUAGCCUGUUGGUUUAUGUCCCAUUUGAAGGUGAUAUGGUCCAUCAAGAAUGUUUGAAUAGUGUAUUCAUUUGUCGUCUCUAGUCCCAGCUGCAGGAUCUGAGGCUGACUUGAAGAUGUCUGAUGAGGUACAAAAUAAUCAGGUUCACAUUUUUCACUAUAAAAAGCACUGUAACAAACCAGCAAUAACAAAUCUGUAUUGUCGUCUGCAGAAAGGCAUGGUGCUGAUUACAGGACUUCCUGAGAGUGGCUGGUCAGAGAGUGACAUCAUCAACCUUGUCGAGCCGUUUGGGACACCCUCUGACAUUGUCACAGCGACACAGAUUGGCAAGGUAGAUUUAUCUCAAGUUUGCACAAGAAAAGACCAAACUCAUUCAUGUUGCAUACUUUUUCUCAAGUUCAAUGCAGAAACAUUUUAGUCUAGUUUGUGUUCAUAAAAAAGAUUUUACAUUAGCUUUUAGUCCAGACUUUUCCCCUCUUGAACUCAGUCAGCUGUGCAGAAGUCGCUAUCGCGGUGAUCUGAGUUUAGUGACAUGGUACAUUAUCCUAACUUCCAGCAGGAUAGGUACACUGUGGUUCUAAGAGGAUGGACAUGAUCAGCAACAAAACCCAGGUAGGCUGUGGGGUUUAAAUCAUGCUCAGGGGGUCCUAAGAGGCCCAAAGCGGGCCAAGAAAAUACCUCCCACACUGUUAGACCACCACCAGCAGCGUGAACUGCUGACACAAGGAAGCAUGGAUCCAUGCUGUCAUGUUGUUAAGGUUAAAUUCUAACCCACCACCUGAAUGUGGCAGCUGAAAGCCGGACCCAUCAGACCAGGUUUCUCUAAUCCUCUAUAGUCUAGUUUUUGUGAGCCUGUGUGAACUAUAGCCUUAGUUUCCUGGUCUUAGCUGACAGGAGGGGCCCCCCGGUGUGGUCUUCUUCUGCCUUCUGUAAUCGGUGCCCGAAAGGGAAAAGCUGGCUCACCCACAGUCCUUUUCUUGACCUUAGGUACAACCAAAAGACCAGUCCCCUGAGAACAGAGGAUACAGGAAGGUUUAUAGAUGAUGACAAGAUUGUCUGGAUAAGAAGGUGCAAGUCCAUUAACAAUUCUAUAAGUCAGUAGAAGCACCUUAAAAUCAGCUCAAAUCUGACAAGGUAGCCAAUGUAGAGAGACCAGCACUGGGGUAAUAUGUGCAUAUUUCCCUGUCUGUGUCAGGACAUGAGCAGCAGGGUUUUGCACCGUCGAAAACUUUACUUCUGCAGUCCUGACAGAAGCGCUUUACAAUAGUUGAGGUGAGAUGUUACAAAUGCAUGAAUGAGGACUUCUGCAUCUCUGUCAGACAGGAUUGGUCUGAUCUCAGCAAUCUUUCUAACUUUUGACAUCUCAUUGAUGUGUUUGACAAACACAAGAGUCUGAUCAAAUAUAACCUCAAGAUUUUUCUUUUUAUCAGUACAAUGCACUACAUGAUCUUCCAGAGAAAGAGUAACAUUUUCUUACAGAUGAUACCACUUCUGUGGUGCAGUGAACAUCAUUUCUGUCUUUGCAGAGUUAAGGAACAAAACAUUCUCUGACAACCAGCUCCUGCUAGCUGACAGACAAACCUGAAGUUCAGAUAAGUUAGGCCCAUUUUCACACUUUACAGGCAUAUAUUUGACAUCUUGUUGCCUGGUUGUGAGUGAAAAUCCCUGUUGCUCAGCUGUCCCUGAAAUACUCAGACCAGCCUGUCUAGCACCAACAACCAUGCCAUGUUCAAAGUCUCUUAAAUCCUCUGUUCUCCCCGUUUUGAUGCUCAGUUUGGACUUCAGCAUGUGCUCUUGACCACGUCUACAUGCCUCAAUACACUGAGUUGCUGCCAUGUGAUUGGCUGAUCAGCUAUUUGCGUUAACAAGCUGUUCAACAGGUGUACCUAAUAAAGUGACCAAUGAGUGUAUACUGCACUUAAAUGUGGUAAUACGUUGUUUGAGGCAGUGAGAGAUUUGCACCUGAAAUGCACUUGUUGCAGAGAGGUGACCCAGUCCAGUCACAGUGUGUUGUCCCAGUGCUCCAAACCAACUCAGGAGCACUCGUGCCUCACUUAAAUUGGUGCUAAUAUGGGCCAAUCUAAAAUCAACAUUGGCAGUUGAGAAUGUCAAGCCAAUGUUUGAAUGAUAAUGUACAAGUUUGCUUGAAUGGGCCCCUGGCUAAUUAGUAAAGCCUGCUAGAGGUACCUAUGCCUCUAAAAUGCAAUCAUAACACGUCACUUUUUUGGAAGCUAAAAACAAAUAGUCGACAAAGAAAUUAAAAAAUGGCUUUACCACAUCCAUCAGAGUAUAUGGGACUGAAAUGGUUCCAGUUUUCAAGCCCUGUCAGCCUUUUUACUAAUUCUGGUUAUUUACUCAUAAUAACCAAAGUGACAGGGAUGCAUUGCUUGUAUUUUGUUUGUAGGUACUUUUGUCAGUGCCAGAUGUGGAGACAGCGCAGGAGUUGGUGAAAGUCCACUCUUUCAAGCCUUUCAAGGUCGGAGACGUUGAAGUGAAAAUUAUCCACCUGAGACAGAGCAUCAGUCUCAGCACACCGGUACCGUUCUCAUUAACUAACAAAUGUCUCUACACACUCAAUUUACAGAUUUUCCUUCUCCUUUUGUGGUCUCCUUUUUGUCAAUAACUGAGCCGUUGGAAGAAGUUUGAUGUUUUUAGGAUGUACAGUGUUGUGAAAAAGUAAUCCCCCUUUCAGAUUAUUCAGUUUUUACUUUUUUGUCUCACUUGCAUGUUUCAGAUCCUGAACCUUAAAAAAUUGAAUCCCGGACAAAGAUAACCUGAGUAGAUACAAAUACAGAUUUUGAAUGAUGAUAUCAUUAGCUAAGCGAAAAAAUGAUCUAACCUAAUCUAAAAAAAAAAGUCAUCACCCCCUAAACCUGAUAGCUGCUUGUUUAACAAUGAGCUCUGACCUUAACCGAGCCAAAUGAGGCCUGUAGCGCGUUAAAUGUGGUUCCAGGUUCUCUUUGGGACCUCCUAGAUGAGUCAUGGAUGCACUCUUGGAGUCAUUUGAAAAAGUCUUAGAAAUGGUUCUAUAACCCUUCCCAGACUGAUGGAUGUCCAUAACUUUCUUUCUAAUCUGUUCUUGUGUUUCUGUCUUUCAAUCGGGACACACUGUGCUGCUUUCUCAGAUCUUUAGAUGAUCUCGUGUUGUCAGACAGCUUCUGUUCAAGGGAUUUCUAGACUCUACAGGUCUGGCAGUUAUCAGGUCUGGGCAUGGCUCGUGAGCAGCUUAAUCCCAGCAGAUUCAUGAUUUAAGAAGGUGGGGUGAUGACUUUUUCAGAUGGAAACAGGUUCGAUUGUUUUCCCUUAACCCUUAGUUCCUACAAUGUCUGUUUUGAGGACAUUCAUCAUUUUAAUCAUCAUUACUUUAGGUUGAGAGUAAGACAUUAUUACAAGUUUGUUCUUUUAAAUUGAUUUCUAAGGGAUAAAGGAGCAGAUAAAAUAAGAUUAGUCUUCUUUCUGCUCCCUUUCAUUCUAGAUAGGAGAACGUUUGUAUUUAAAUUAAAUUGUUUCUUUUUAUUUUAAAAGGAAUGAAAUAAAGAAUAAAUUAAAUGAUAUUUGUUAAGAUUUAGGCAUCAAGUUUGACGAAAGUUACGAAUGAAUCAAAGCACUAUGACCGUGCACAAUUACUGGCAUAAAAAUUUUCUAUUUAAUUUCUUUUUGUGGUGGUCAAAGCUGAGGUUUUUGAAGAGAUUUGAGUCAGUAAAAGGAAAAAAAAAAAAAAAAAGGAUUGUUUUAUCAACACUUAUCUGCAUGUCUGUUCUGAGGACAAGCAAGGUCAGAUUGAUCUUAAAAUUACAAGGAGCCGAGGGUAUAUAUAUAUGAAAAUCAUCAUUUAAAAACUGCAUUUGUAUUUACCCAGAAUAUCUUUGUUUGCGAUUCAAAUGUGUUUGAUGAUCUGAAAGGUGAGUGAGACAGAAAAACAGAAACUGAAGAAAACUGUAGGGAAAAAUAGUUUCACAGCUCUGUCUGAUGUUUGUACAGAAACGAUUAGUGUGUGAUAUUCCUGAUUAAGAUGAACUCAUGAUACACUCUUGACUGUUUCAUCAGGUGGCACUCUACAAUCUUUUUAUGGGAACAGGGGCUACGUCGGUGAGUAUCCCUACCCAAAUUGUCAAAGUUUGCUGAGCUUUUACUUUUUUGUUUGAAUGUUAAGGUAAUUAAAGGUAUCUGAAUGGUUGAAUUCUUCAAGUGCAUAACCCCAAAUGAAGCAGUCUGCACAGAAACAUGUCCAGCAGCUGCUUCUUUUAGAAAGAUUCUCAUCACUUGCUACCACAUAUACAGUGUUUCAUUACUUGUGGUUGAGAUACAAAGGUUUUCAUGUCAACAAGUGUGUCAUCAGAGAAUUUAAUGUCCUAAAAUUUGCUCGAAAAACAUGUUAGAGUCACAGAAUUUCAUUUGCAAAAAUACGUGUGACCCAUGCCACAGGGUUUACAAAAGAUAUUCAUGGACGACAUAGAAGCAGCCUCAAAGUAAUGGAUACCAAAUGUUUGUUCUGCAGGAGAGCCCUGCUCCAGUUGGUUGGAGCAGCCUGUUGGUGAUCAGUAAUGUCCCCAGCACCCCCUCAGGUCCCUCUGAGGUCCAGAAAUUGGUGCGACGUUUUGGUACAGUCAUCAAGACUCUGGUGCUUAACAGCAUGGUGAGAGCUGUUCAUGUGUAAAAACUGUCCCCCAACUGUGAGAGCAUUGUCUUUUCUUUUGACAUGAUGUUGCGUCUCAUCCUGAUCAGGUCAUUUGUGAAAUGGCAACCGCGGCCAUGGCCCUCUCUGUCUACAAACGCUUCCAGACGUUCCCGUGCAUCAUCCACAACAACCCCUUGUUCUUCUCCCGUAAGACCGAUCCCAGAGCCAACACACAGUCCAAAGUCAUACCUGCAUACCUGGAUCCAACAGAGGUGAGGAACUUUGAGUAUUAGUCUUCUGAGAUAUUUUUUUUUCAUCUACCACUUACCCAAUCCUGGAGCUUUAACUUUUCUGUUUCCUUGUCUUAGGAAACAUCUGCAAAUGGCAAAGGCAGCAAAACAUCAGAGGCUGCAGAAGAGGAGGAAAUAACUGUCAAAGAAGAUGCCAAAUCUGUACCACAGGUCAAGGAAAAAGAUGUUCACAGGAAAGAGGAGAAGAUGAAGAGCACAGAGAAGAUAGUUGUUGAAGACAAAGCGUUGGAAGAGAAGAAGGAAGACAAAAAUCAAGAGGUCAAAAAAGAGCUCACUGAUGAAGUCUCUGAAUCUGUGGCUGCGCCAGACACAAAGCCUGAAGAAGCUGCAGAAACCAACAAAACAGAAACAGCAGAUGAGAAAACAGACGUCAAUGCAUCUACAGAUGGAAGUGACGAAUCAGCCUCUGGUGAAGCGACAAAGACAUCUGUUUCUGAUGGUAGAGAAGCCACCCAGGAGACAUUGGUGGUAGAGCCUCCGAAGGUAAAAUGUUCUAAAACUAAGAAGCAUCUAAAACUUAAAACCUGUUUUUAUACCACAGGUCUAAAAAGAUUUUCUUUUCUAAUUCAAAGUUCUUAGUGCAUUUCAAAAUGCACAGACGGCAGCAGUCUGCUUGGCUCUUGUAGGGAGCCUUCAUCCUCUGCCUCAUGCCGUGCCUACAGUAUAGCAAAAGCUGUUUUGAUUGGUGGCUAAAUGAAAAGCCCAUGGAUGGGGAAAAGGUCUAUUCAAAUAAGUAUUGACUAUUCUGGGAUGAUAAAUUAAAAAAUAUAAUUUUUCCCUUUUUUAAUUAUUAUUUUUUUAAAACUGCGAUAAAACAUAUCAUGUCUGUUUCCUUUCCAAAACAGUUUGCCAAACUGCAUCCAAUUCAAGCCAAGGUGGUUGAGUGCUGUCUGUAGAUAAAAAUUUAAAUUUACCCUUUUUGGAAGGUUGCCUUAAGGAAAUUUAAAAGCUCACAAGCGCCGAGCCAGCACCAGUACAGAGCCCCUCAGUGGUGACUCUGCACUGGUGCUGGCUCACUAGCCAGAUGUUAAUUGUUGGUCACAGGAAAUGCCCCCGAAGUUCAACGUCGUAACUCUAAAAUGAAGUUGUUUCACUACAGUUGAAGUGUUGAAAGUUAAUUUAGUGAGUGUAAACACUCCAAAUCAAGUCAAAAUCAAGAAUUAGUGCAUAGUGCCUUUUAGAAUGUUUAUUAAGUUUAUUAAAAUUAAGUUAGGCUCAAACACACCGCAACACUGAGUUAGACACCCCAUUGAGAGAUGAAUGUUGCAGACUGCUUGCUUCUCUAAUUAUACCAAGUUAUACCAGUAACGACUGCACAAUAGCAGUACACAGUGAUCUACGUGGUCACGUGCAAACCUCAACCAAAAAGCCACUCUAUAGCCACAAAUAAUGCUCAGAACAGCAACUAACUUCAUCAACAGUUAAUAUAGGGUCCCAGCCAUAGUACUAGCCACCAAACAUCUUUUUAGCUUUGCCUGGUUUCUUUAGCAAAGAGACUAAACACAACUCACCCACUCUCCUCCAGCAGCCGCUUGUUUGUAAUGAGAGCUUGGAUGAGUCUAUCACCAACAGCAGUAGGGUGACGCAGCUCAAGGAAGAACAUUCAUGAUCAUUUCUUCAUGGAAAUGCAAUCAGACCGAGACACUAAGGCAGUGUAAAAUGAUUAAUAUGAUGAUUAUUACUUCAAGGAAAUGAGAAAGUAAUGAUCAUGAAUGUGUUUGGUUUGUGUUUGGCCCUAACUUAAUUUUACACCGGAAUAUCCUUGUAAGAUUCACAGUAUUUUAAAAUAACCAAACGAAAUUUAUGAAUAAUAUAUCUUCAGAAAUAAAGAUAAGGCACCAAAGGUAAAGGUUAUCUGCAGUGUUGUCACAGUUACUUUAAAAAAGUAAUUUGAUCACUGAUUAUGGAUUACUCCUUUAAAAAGUAACUUAGUUACUUUACUGAUUACUUGAUUUUAAAAGUAACUAAGUUGGAUGACAGGUUCCUUUUUAGAUAACAAGUUACUUUUUAAGGUACAUUCAGCAGCCUCAACAUAUAAAUUACAACCAUUUUCAUUUUUAUUAAAAUAUAAAAUAAAGACAGUGUUUAUUGACUUACAAAACAUACUUUUUUUUAAACUAUCUUUAGUCAAAAUAGCGGCUGUAUUGCCAGUUUAAGAAGUGUUUGUUUUUGUGCAGUGAGAGCACAAACAUGAGUUUACAUCAAUGACAGUCUUGACUGGAGUAGGGUUGAUUUUUGUGUUUUUGUCCUUUUGAGGUACAUUUAAAAAAAAGGCCAUAAAGAUAUUCUUACAACUUGCACAAGAUAUUCUUCAGAGCAUUGACUCAUGUUUGCUUCCAUUCAUAUUUGAUCUCUGUUUUUCCAGGCAAAUCAGGAGAUGGUGAACAUGCCACUAGAGGAGAGUGACCUGAACACAAACAGCAACUCCAAAAACAAUGCAGCAGCUGCAACUAAUGGAGAACAGGGGGAGACACAACCAGAGAAAGAGCAAAGCCAAAAAUCAGCAGCAGAACCCAAAGAGCUGCUCAAGAACCAUGCAGGGGAGGAGAAGAAGCAAGAGAGGGAGCUGAAAGAGAGGGAGUCAAGGAAGGAAAAGGAGAGGAAAGAGAAGGAGAGAAAGGAGAAGGAUAGGAGGGCUUUGGAGAGCAAGGAGAGGGCAAGAAAGGAGAGGGAGAGAGUCGAAAGAGCCAAGAGAGAGAGAGAGAGGAGGGAGGAAGAAAGGAGAGAAAGAGAGAGGAGGGAGAGGAGGAGGAUACAUGGUGAAGACUCUACAGGAUGGAGGUCAUCAAACAGGUCGGAGGGACAGAAGCGGAGCUCCGAGAGGGAAAAAAGAUCAGGACCUGCAACCAAACCAGUGAGAAAUCGAGUCAAAAGGAGUAACAGUUGAAUAAAGCCUCGCCUGUUUUAGCCUUAAUUAUCCUUUUCUUUUUCUGCAUUAAGGUGGAGGAAGAGGAGGAUGACUUCCCCUUCAACUUGAGCGACUUUGUGACGGUGGAUGAAGUCGGGGAUGUGGCAGACCUUCCUAGCUCUCCUUCUGAGAUGACGGGGGGAGAGGAGGAUGCUCCUGUAUUCAUUCAAAAGGAUGAUUCAGAGGUAAGACUCAGCUUUGUUUUGGUGGUUACUUUCCAAACAUGUUUAUAAUCAUGCGAGAGAUAAAGCCACAAAGUGUCGUCGCCCCCCCCCCCCCUUGGUGUGGAAGUGAAUAAAGAACUUUAAAUGUGAUAUAUAUCAUUGCAGAGAGAAUCGACGUGAGAAUACAGACUAUACAUGAUUAAAGAGAGCAGGCAGUAGCCCAUUAGCAAUUCACCUCUUAGUCACAGCGCUGCGCUGUUCCGCACACUCCUCUUCAUGUUAGCUUGCAGCCUAACAUUGCCGAUGUAGUACAAGAAGCAGGUAACAUAGGAGCAAUUCAGCUCUCAGACAUUGUCUUAUGGGACAUGAUGAAUGUUAACAUCAUAAUUAGCUUUCUUAUGUGACAUAGAAAACCUCACUGUGUGUUAACCUGUCGUUUGGGUCUGCCAGAGAUUCAAAGCAAUUUGAAUGCAGAAAUACUCAGAAAUGCAAUUUUGCACUUAGUUUUCUCACGAUAUGUCCUGUAGCAUCAUAAAAAUGCCAUAUGAGCAUGUAGACAACAAGAAAAAAAUGAUUUUCAUCGGAGUGGGUCUUAAAGGAUUUUUGUCAUAAUCACUAAUAAGUCUGACACCCAGAAAUGCUCUGCUUUAGACAUCAACAAUCCUCUGGAGUCAAAUCCAGCUGUGUGUGGUCCUUGGCCUGGAGGAAGUUCAUACAGUGAGGCUUAAUGUGUACUCGCUCAGUUAGAUGAUGUCAAAACAGCCUCAGAGUACUUGGAUGCUACCUGCUCUGCAGCACAGUGUCUUUUCUAACAAACCCUGACUUAAAGGCUGCAGGGAGCACAAAAUUCCUCCUGUCCUUAAUUCUUGAGUUUUUAUUCCCACUCUGUAAUGAUAGCAUGGUAAUUGCUCUGUUUCCAAUCCCAGGAAACAUCUGCUGAGGCCCCCACAGAAAAAGAAAUACCCGUCACCACAGCAACUACAGUGAAGUCUGAUGAGCUUAAACCAGAGGGUGAACCUGUGAAUGAGCCAACACCCUCCACACCUGAUCAACAGCCGCACACCUCCCACAGUCAACCUUCAGAGCCAACAUGUCAACUUGAAGCACCAGAGACAGGUACGAGCUGGCAGUGAUUCAAGUUCUGUUAUCAAAAGAAGAACAUUUCACAAUGCUUGUCUUUUGGAUUUCAACCAUUUCUUUUGGUGUCUUGAAAUCUUAAGAAACCAAACCAACCUCCACUCUGGACCUUGACCCCCUUCCCACGCCCACUGACCUCCCCUCAAACAGCCCAGGGACGGAGGUCGUGACAGCAGAGAAUGAGGAAGAGCAGAAGGAGAAUGACAUUCUCAGCUACAAUCAGGUUGAAGAGGAGAAGAGGGAGAACCUGGCAGUGUCAAAACAAACAGAGGAGAGUGGACAAAUGCAGAUUGAAGAGACCAAAGCUCCUGCUGCAGAGACAGGUACAGUCAUCUGAUUCUCAUGUCCAGGUUCAAGGUGAACUUGAUUCGCCCUGUGAAGGGCAGCCAUCCGUAAGAAAACACCAGCAAUGAAAUAACCUCAUCAAAACAUUCAAAGUCCUUCUUCAGGACUCAUUUGGGAAGUGUGUUUAGUUUGAUAAUCAUGAACAUCAGUCCUUAAAGCUCUCUAUGACUUGACCAGGAAAACACAAGAGGUCUGAAGACCAACUGGACAUUGAAAAGGCGAGUGUGAGGAAGAAACUGAAGACAGAAAGUCCAACUAGCACAGAUGACUCCCUCCCUCCUUUUGACCCCAGUGUUCCAGUCGGUAAGACCCUUUCCAGUCAGUCUGUCUUUAUUUUAUGCUGGUCAGCAGGUGAUUUUGUUUCUGGUGACUGUGUCCACAGGUUUGGAGUUCCUGGUCCCAAAGACGGGCUUCUUCUGUAAGGCAUGUAACAGGUUCUUCAGUGGAAACAAAGAGGCAGAGAUCAGCCACUGCAAGACCCUCAAACACUACGAUAACCUGCAGGUGAGCAGACAUACAGACACACAGACAGACACAAAGGCUGACAAAAAGGCAGACAUGUAUUACUCCACUCGGCGUUCUCUGUGCAUCCGCUUGCAAGAACGCACAAAAGUCUGGCUUCAUUUGAAGUUGAAAGAGGAGGAGGGAGUAGCACAGUGCAACAUCUGCAAAAAAACUAUUUCUGCCAAAGGAGGGCGCACGACCAACAUGAUUAAACAAGGUUUGAUUCAUGAAUAAACAUACAAAGCCUAUGUGAACAUAGAAGUAAAGGGAGGGGCAGAGCAGCAGCGAGCACUGAUGAGAUGCACUGUUUUAUAUAAUGGUGUGGAACUUCACCUCUCAGAGUGUGUUUCCACAUGAACCAUUUAACAUGUAUGGUCAAUACAGUUGUCUGUACAUGUCUGUGUAGAAGGGGACGUAUGAAAUAACUGAGUGCCCCGUCCCUGACACGCUGCGUUGGUCUCUCUUCGCUGCAGGACAGAAAGAUUCAGAAGAUCUUCUGUACCCACAGCCAUUAGACUUAAUAAUGCUUCUGUAAAUCGUAGAUGACUCUUGAAACAUGACAAAUGAUACGACAGACAAUUGAAUUUCCCUUCAGGUUAAAAUAAAGUUCUUAUUAUUCUUCGUCUUAUUGUUCUUAAUGGGUUUCUGCUCUAAAGCCCUUUGACUUCUUAUCAACCUCUUUCGAAGUGAAAUAUGAUCUGGUAUCAACUCAGAGUGGGUACUGAUAUUAAAAUGUUUAAUGUUGGAAUUGGACUUCUUAUUCAGGUCUCUCCCUGUGCAAUGUGACAUGUCAUGCUGUAGAGGGCGCUGGAUUGUGGAGCCGAGACCCAAAGGAGUGCAGUGAAAACUGAAGUGUUGACUAAAGUGAUGGAGUGGAGAUGGAAGAGACUUUUAGUGAAGAACUUCAGAUUUUAUCACAGAACACUUAUCUUUUUCAUCCAAAGUCCUUCUGCUAUUUAGCUAUGCAACACAUCCCACUGUACAACAGUAUCACUGAAACCCAAUCAUUUCUAUGGAUAUAAUCAGCUUUGGAGAGCAGGGGCCUCAUUUAUCAAACGUGUGUAGAAAAAGGUUGUAAAUUCUGGCGUAGGAAUGAAAUUUAGAAUGUGCAUAAGUACAAAAAAAUCUGUAUUUAUCAAACAUGCGGACACCAGUCGUACGCACACUAGUAAGUAAUCGGUGAUGAUAAAUCCCACCUGUUCUUUACUACUGUGGUCGUACAUGGUUAGGGUCAUUUGCAUUCAGAAACGCCUCCAAUUGAUCAUAUACGGCAUCAACAAUCCCUUUAAAAAAUGCGUGAAUGAAUUUUUGUCCUCCUCCUGGAGGUGCACACUCACAGAGCUGCUCUGCAGAAUGAAUGAGUCGUGCGUUCCUCCAGACAACAACAGAAUCAAAUGUGCAUCGCAGAUUAUUUGUGCAUCGAUUGAAUGAAAUCUUUUCCUGUUGACAAAUCUGAAUUUAUUGUGUGAAGGUGCCUUUAUUGCGAUGUGGGUGCAGUCUAUUGCUCCAAUUAUGUUUGGGAAUCUGGCGAUGGCAUGAAAUCCUCGUUUUAUUUCGGCUUGUUGGUGAUGUGUGUUUGGGAACUGAAUGUAAAUUGAGGCCAGAGAAAUUAUUAUAUCCAACUCUGCCGGCAUGAUUCUGCUUAGCGUUGGCAGCGAAAUAUCGCAUAUGUCUCCAAUCUCACACUGAAAUGUUCCGAUUAGGGUGGACAGGAGCUGGAUGUGCACUGGGAUGGCUUUGGUGUUCUGUUUCUCGCUCCGACACGGGUAGUAAAUCACAGGGUAAAUCCGUUAAAAUGUUUUGGGGAAAGCGGUGCCUGCUGAGAAUGCUGCUGUUCUCACUGAACAGAUCAGCACGCUCUUUGAAAACGCACGCCCUGCAGAGGAGCAGACGCUUCUCCUAGUCAUCCAAUAGUGCAAAAUAAGCCGUGAUACGUGAUAUCAGUACUUGUAAGACUUCUUUUGAGGUUGUCCCGUCACAGCAGAUUUUUAUAGCUUGUCUGACCAAUCAUUCAAAAUGUCUGCUAAAUUACUUACUGAUAAAUUUUGUAUAGAGGCAACAGAGAACAUGUGUGAAGUUUGAGAUUGCUGAACACUGACUCCUUUAAUGGGUUCUAUUUGUAGUUUUACUGUCCUACUACUAGGUUUUGUGUGUACGCAUGGUCAGAGUUGUGCUUAAAUUUACGCACGUUCCUAAGCACAAGUGCAGAUUGAUAAAUUCCAGACUUUGCGUGGGAAUGUUCAUACGUACCCAUUACGCACACAUCUGUGCAUACGCACAGUUGAUAAAUGAAGCCCCAGGAAUUUAUCUUCUGGAAAUGUCUGAUUGUUUGAAAACGUAACCUGAAUCUUUCUCAAGCUACUUAAAGCCUUCCAUUUCCGUGCAUUGUCCUGCAGAGCGUCUAUCGCUGACAUCCGUAUUCAACAGAUGUAGGAGGGACUCUUCAGUCCAUAGCUGAAUAUCUCAUCUACACUAUUACUUCCAGGAAGAAAAAAGUUUUUGUAAGGUUUUUAGCUAGUAUAAGGAAAGACCCACUGUAAUGACUGAACCUCUAAUAUACAGUAUUAUACAUAUAUAUGUAUAUAUAUUUUAUUAUGGCUACUUAUGGAUAAGCAUUCAUCUGAAAGAAGAGAUUGUAAUUGCAGAUUUAGAUUUCCUGUGACGGUCAUAGGGGUGAUUCUAGAAAAGAUUGAUAUCUGUAUUAUUAUUAUAAUUCUAAUGUAUUUAGUCAGAAAAGAUGUUCGACUGUAUCCUGGACUUAUCAAGUCUUUAUUCUGUUUUUUCUCUUUCAGAAAUUCUUGCAGACCAGGAAGAUCACAAAUGACUCCACCAAACCCGUCUUGAGCUGA